AUGACGGACGUGCAAACGGUGGAUUUGGACUCCCUCAACUAUGUGGUCAAGGUACCUUAUAAUGGCACGGGUCCGAUGGGCGGGAACCCGCUCGAGGACAACAUGAACAUUUGGUAUGAGUCUGGAGAUUUAGGUUGGGUAAUCAUGGCAACAGGACUCGUCUUGUUGAUGGUGCCGGGCAUUGGAUUCUUCUAUUCGGGUCUCGCUAGGCGCAAGUCGGCCCUCUCCCUCAUCUGGCUCUCCGUCAUGUCGGUGGCCGUGACGUGCUUCCAGUGGUUCUUCUGGGGCUACUCCCUCACCUUUUCCCACACCGCGGGCCCCUUUAUCGGCAACCUAGCCAACUUUGGCUUCCGCAACGUGCUCGCCGCGCCCUCGGUGGCCUCGGACCGGAUCCCCGACCUCCUCUUCGCCGUGUACCAGGGCAUGUUCUCCGCCGUGACCGUCGCCCUGGCCACGGGCGCCGUGGCCGAGCGCGGCCGCAUGCUCCCCUGCGUCGUCUUCAUGUUCGUGUGGGCCACCGUGGUCUACGACCCCAUCGCCUGCUGGACCUGGAACCCCAGCGGCUGGUCCAACCGCAUGGGCGGCCUCGAUUUCGCCGGCGGCACGCCCGUCCACAUCGCCUCGGGCUGCGCCGCGCUGGCCUACAGCAUGAUGCUCGGCAAGCGUAGGGGUCACGGCACCCACGAGCUCAACUACAGGCCCCACAACGUCACGCACAUCGUCAUCGGUACCGUCUUCCUCUGGGUCGGUUGGUUCGGCUUCAACGCGGGCUCGGCUCUGGGCGCGAACCUGCGCGCCGUCAUCGCCGCGGCCGUGACGAACCUCGCGGCGUGCGUGGGCGGCAUCACCUGGUGCGUUUUGGAUUAUAGGCUGGAGAGGAAGUGGUCGACCGUGGGCUUUUGCUCGGGCGUCGUGGCCGGCUUGGUUUCCAUCACGCCUGGCUCCGGCUACGUUCCCGUAUGGGCCGCCGUCGUAUUCGGCGUUCUCGGCGCAGCAUUUGCCAACUACGGCACCAAACUCAAGUUCAUCCUCCAGAUCGACGACGCGCUCGACAUCUUUGCGGUGCACGGCAUCGGCGGCUUGCUCGCCGACUCGUUCGCGGGCGGGGCCUACUCCUUUGUCGCCACGUGCGCGAUCCUCUUCGUCAUGAACCUCGUGCCGGGCCUGCGCCUGCGCGCGGCCGAGGAGUCGGAGAUCCUGGGCAUCGACGACGCCGAGAUUGGCGAGUUCGCCUACGACUACGUCGAGCUGACCCGCGAGGUCCUCGUCGACGUGGAGAACGAGGCGGGCAGCGUGCGGUACUCGGCCGACGCGGGCACUUUUGCUCCCUCGAAAAGCACGACAACCCCUCGCCGACCGGGCGAGGGGGUUUUCGCUACGGGCAGCCAUCGCAUGCGAGAUGAAAGCCCGGUAGCAGGGCCAUCGUGGGGGUAG